UGGCAGCUGCAAUGCUAGAAGGCAUAACUUUCCCUUUCCUAGUCUCCAUUAGAUACCGAAAAAAUUGUUUUAAAGGAUUCAUAAGAUAAAGUAGCUUUUUGAGUUGAUUACAGAUAGCUUAAUGUCAGACAUGACUGCUGUGCCGUAAUGAAAGGCAGAGGAUCUGGUAAAAGUAGUCACAAUUCCUGCGCCCGAUGUAUGCAAGAAAUUGAUCGAGUCUGUUUGAAGGGCUACACUGCAGGCCUUGUGUCACGGAACUACAUUUUAAACUGCAACGCUAGCUUUUCUGCUUAGUACAGUGGCAGCAUUACGGUGGUGCGAAAUAUACGUAUGCAGUGAAGCUGUAUGCGUAAUUCUCUUUUUGAGCUCACGACACAUUCACGGGGAACUUGUAACAGUUAAAAUAAGUGGUAAUCGUUUUGUCGUCUAACAAAGCGCAAAAGUGAAACUUUUAUGAACUUUACGAACACUGCAAGCAAUGUGACCUAAUGUGAAAUAUCUGCGCGGUUUGCUACUGCGUGAAAAAAAAAAAAAAAAAGCAAUAGGAGCGGCUAUUUAACGCAAGCGCGCUGCACGCACCGACAUUUUUCACUUUCAGCCAGUCAACUUUUGGAACCAAUCAAAGCCUUGUGACAUCAGUGUCACUGUGUAUGUAAAAAUCGCAACUAUUCAAGCAGUUCAUCACAACAAAGCAGCCGUCGUUCUAAUUAAAACGCCGCCCCAGCCAACCGUAGAGUAGCAGACGAACAGGUCAUAAAAGCGACGCGAACGGCCGACGGUUGAACAAGAGUGGGCGCAGGAGACUCCGUGCACGUCUCAUGUGCGAUCAAUGACAACCGCUGGCAUAGCUGCCCUACAAUACUGCGGUAUGAAACUUCAUGUUGAAUUAACUUCUCCUUCGGCGCGGAAGCAGCGGAAGUGUGGAGAAUGGACGUUUCGUCCUACAGGUGUGCGUGCGCGUCAUAUUGUGUUUUAAAUUGACAGCUAGCGCUCCACUGACUUUUCGUGCCGCGGGAUUGUACGAAUAUACAGUCGCCAAAGUACGUAGACACCCAAAGCAGCGCGUGUCUCGGAUCGCAAUGGAAGGAGGUGGUGAGGUUGUGACAGAGGUGCCGAGUUCGCUCAAGAAGCUCGUCCGGCUAACAAUUCGGGGUUUCUACAGCGUGGAGCAUGUAAUCGUCGUCGACAUGCUCAUUCGAAACCCCUGCGUCAAGGAGGACGAUCUGGCGGAUCUCCUCAAGCUGGAGAAGAAGCAGCUCCGAGCUGUUGUCGCUCAGCUCAAAAGUGAUCGCUUCGUCAAGGUCCGACUGCGGAUGGAAACAGGUAGCGACGGCAAGGCGACCCGCCAAAACUACUACUACAUAAACUACAAGGUUUUCGUGAACGUGGUCAAAUACAAGCUCGAUCACAUGCGUCGUAAGAUCGAGACCGAGGAACGCGACUCGACGAGUCGCGCGUCGUUCCGUUGCACGGGCUGUUCCAAGAGCUUCACGGACCUAGAAGCGGACCGCUUGCUCGACUUCGCCAGCGGCCAGUUCCGUUGCAGCUACUGUUGCGCGCCGGUUGAAGAGGACCAGGCAGCUCUGCCGCGGCAGGACUCGCGUCUCCUGCUGGCGCGGUUCAACGAUCAGAUACAGCCCCUGUACACGCUUCUUCGCGAGUUGGACGACGUGCGACUCGCGCCGCAUUUGCUCGAGCCCGAGCCGACAGACCUCAGCGCGGUGUUGCAGCAGAGCCGCCGUGCCGGGGGGCGCGCCAGUCCGACGCUCCAAAUGCAGUCAGGCGCGCAUGGCCGGUCCAGGGAUGGUCCCUGGAGCGGCGACGCCACGCGCCACCAAGGCUCGGGACAGGGCGCCGGCAUCACCGUCAACCUGGGCGAAGCGACCCCUUCGGCUCCUUCGGCACCCCAGCGCGAGGCGCCAGCGUGGAUGGUCCACAGUACAGUUCUCGACACGCCGACCACGCCGGUUAAUGUACCUGAAGAAGUGGCUCCUGUCAUCUCUGAAACGGGAUCACGGCCCCACAGUGCCAUCAUGGAAACACUAUUGGCACACGAGAAGCAGCCUGUUGUGCAGCCACCAAAGGACUCAAGUGACUCGGAAGACGCCCAAGGUAUGCCCGAGCCGGUGCGAGACGUUGCGCAGUCUGAAGAGGAAGAAGACGAUGAGGAAGAGGAGGAGACCCAGGUUAUGGUGGAAGGGAAGCCAGUGCCUUUGCAGGACGUCACAGAGGAAAUGGUGGCCCGCAUGACGAGCACCGAAAAGGAGGACUACAUACGGCUCCGGCAAGAGCUGUACUCCAUGAUGUACGACUGACACAAUAAUGCAGACAAUACACUGUUUUUUUGCGUUUUAA